AUGGCUGGAAAAUGGGCCUGUGAUGGGUGCCACAAAAGAAAGAUCCAGUGUGACCGCACGUCACCGAGGACUCCCUGUGACUGGUGCGAGCAUCAUAACCUUCUCUGCACCUUCUCCAGGGCCAGGAGAGGAAAGACACGGAUACUUGCCAGCCGUAAUGUCCAAUCUCGAACUGUUCCCAUGCCUACUGGCACCCUGCCCAGCAACGGCCCCCAACCCCUUGUCCCCAACGAGCAGCUAAAUAGUCUCGACGCCACCAUCUUUCCCAUUAUACAAAACGACACUACAUGGCAGGGCAACGUGCCUUAUCGAGACAUCCUCACAACGAGCCAUGAACAACCAUCCAUCACACCUGAACCUCAAGCGUUGACACCCCCCAAAACUCGUGCCCCUCGGACAGUCACCAAGCCUUUCGGACAGCUCUACUAUGGUGGUUGCCACCUUGGACAAAUAAGUCUUGACAAAGGCAUACCGCAGUUCUCCGAGGAAGGUCGCAGGUGGAUCCUUUCCAAGGCUGGAGACAACUUCAAGUCAGAAACACUCCACCGACCAUCAACUCUUCAUAGCCCCGUCACACUCUCCCAAGGCUAUUCAGGGGCUUCCCUACUUCCGUCUCGACACACAACCCAUCAAGUCAUUGCCGCAUACUUGAAUUCUACAUUCAAGUUUGCCUUUCCGUUCAUUGAUGGCACCUUGUUCAGCGAGACCAUUGUCCUUGCCUAUGAGGGUCUGAACGUUACGGCAUCCCUUGAACACCUGAGCGCCAGGUGCUGUUUUCUUGCUUUUCUCUCUAUUAUUGAUUGUUUCAGGGGACCGGAAGACUUUCCGGAUAUCGAUCCUGAAGCAUGCUCAAUAGAAGCACAACGGUUACUCACUGAGGUAUUGCUGGAUACGAACCUCUUGGGUGUGCAGGCUGUUCUGAUGCUGCAACUACACGAAGCGCACCUGGGCCGAAUGCCGACGGCUGCUAUCCUCAACGGGGUUGCCUGCAAAAUGGUCAUAACGCUAGGGGGUCACGUCGACGUUCCCAACCUCCCCGAUCAUGGCGAAGCUUCCCGGGAAGAGCGCGAAAGAUGCCAUCUGAGAGCGCUCUUCUGGAUCUGUUACCUCCUUGACAAAGAGAUUGCUCUAAGAAGUGGCCAGCCACCAUUUCUAACGGACUCGUACUGCGAUCUUACACCACCAGACAGAGGCAUGACCCAUUUCUUCGCUGAUGGUACAGGCGAGGGUCUCUUCCCAUAUCUCUUUGGAGACAUAGGCUUGAGUCGCCUCAAAGGCAAGGCGAACCACCAGCUUUACUCGGUUCACGCGAGCCGGAAGCCAGAUGCCGAACUGUUACGCGACAUCCGUGAGCUUGAUGAACAACUCGAGGAAUGGCGUUCUUCCAUGCCGUCGCAUAUCCGUCCCUCACUGUCCAUGUCUCGAUCGUCACUUCCGUUACUCCAAGACACCGACCUGGCGCAUAGAAUGCAUACUAUACUUGUCCACCUGGAGUACUUCUACCUGCUCAUCACUAUUCAUCAUGCUAGUGGAAGAUGCACCACGAUGAGCCCCAUGCAGGUGCACACGGAAGGAUCGAGUGCCGCAGCUCUAGACUCUAGUCUUGCUCUCUGCCUGGAAGCAAGUCGUUCUACUAUUGUCUAUCUCAAGGCAACGACUUCCUGCGUGGCAACUGAAACCUUCUGGUAUAGUCCUUCUCCAUAUUCUGAUUGGAAUAGAGGCCCUCCCCGAAGAUUGAUGUCCAUCUUCACAGAGGCCUUUGUUUCACCCCUCUACAACAUAUUUACUAACAGGUUUGCUCCUAGGAUCGUACAAUUCUAUCCCACGGUCGCGAUAAUCACGCUCUUCCUCAACAUCCUUAUGAAUCCCCUCGAUGGCCAAGCUCAGAAAGACUUGGAACUGCUUGCUUCAGCCGCUGACAUCUUUCGCCUCAUGCCCGCGCGCCACUACACGCCUCAACGACUUGACCAAGUUCAGGUACUCCAGAGUUUUGUGGUUGAACUCGCUCGACUGGGGCGUUGCGCUGUGUAUAAAAAGGAGGCGGAGCUUGGUGGUCGAUGA